GCUGCGUUCAAGUUUUUUUUUCCUUCAAUUUGAAAGUUUGUCAUCAGCAGAUCCGGAUCACCGGGACGGAGCACCGGAGAGAAGCCAACAGCAGAGCUCCGAGGUGGUGGAGGAAUGGGCUGCAGCCACAGCAAGAAAAAGAGCAAAGGCAAGAAAGGAGAGAAGAAACAGAAGGACAGCAGCCGUCAAGAUGAAGGAGGUAAACGUUCGUCUAGUGACCUGGAUGUUUGUCUUGAGAAGCAGCUGGAGCGUUUCGAGUGGCAGCUGAAGAUUUUAAAGGAAGUGCUCUCAGCCAAUGGGAGUUCAGAGAGGGCGGAGCUACUGAAGCAUCACACUGACGAAGAAGUGUGCGCGCUUGUUCUGAGCAUCCUUGAUAAGGUGAGAACAGAGACGACAGCUGAUCUGAACGUUCUGCAUGAACGCAAAAGUAAAUCAGCCGUAGAAGAACAUGAGAGGCAUGUUGAAGAGCUGCAGACCAAACAUGAACAGGAGAAAACUGAACUGACAAAAAGGUUUCAGGCGGCUGAAGAGAUCCUCAAGGCCAAAGUGGAGCAGUUAACAGCUGAGCUGCAAGUCUAUAACGAGUUGAAGAAACGAGUUGAAUAUUCAACUUUUAAAAAGAAUUUGCAAAGAAAUAUUCAGGAACAUGGCAGCCCAGGUGCAUUCUGGGAAUCUGAGCAGGAGUCUUUGCUGUUUGUGAUUGAGAUGAAGGCUGAGCGUGUGCAGGAGCAAAGCAGGAAGCUGCAGCAGAUGGAUGAACUGGUGGAGAAGAAUCUGUCUCUGGAGGACCAGAUCGUCCACGUCCUGCAGCAGAACGAGGAUCUGAAGGUCCGGAUAGACAACUGCCAGACCCUCAUUCAGCAGUUUUCAAAGGAACAGCAGGACCUGAAGGUGGCGCUAGAGAGACAGAUGGCAGUAAACCAGAAUCUUUCUCAGGAAAAAGAGCAGCUGAUGUUCAAACUGAGACACAGAGAUUCAUGUCCAGGGAUCCACCUGCCCCCCAUGAUGCAGGAGAUCGCCCCCAGAUGACCCUGAUUACACACAAUUCUCAAAGCGUGACUCUGAAUUCUCUGACCUGGUUUACUGCUCAGGGUGUGAGACUCAGACUGAACUGACAACCAUCUGGGAUCCGGUUUAAAGUGUCUGGAGCCGCACCGCAACGGAUCAGGGCAGGAUGUUAAAAAUGGGACACAAUUUGUCCUUCUGGCUGAAUCUCUAUGCAGUGUGCUGUCACACAGGCUGGUAGAUUUGAGACUGCGAGCACAUUCUGCUUAGAGCUGUACAGGUGUUUUUUUUUUUUUUUUGUAUUUCAUUGCAUUGUAGUGGUUUCUUUAACUGAAAAGGGAGAAAGCCAAUCAGUUUCUGAUACAAUGAGCUAACAGGUAAAGGAGAUUCAAUGCCUUAAAAUAUCAGGUCACCCUGGAUUAAACUUGGUUUUCUAAUGUCUCCAUCUCAGAACUCAUAACCAGCACAAAGCUAAAACUCAGCUUUAUUUCUUAUUUUUUGCAAAACAUUGUUUCAUACUUCAAAUAUUUCAUAAACACUGGUAAAACUCAACAAAAAUUAUACAAUAUGAGAAGCUAAAACCGGUUUCUCAAAUCAAAUUUUGAUGUCUGUUAGCUUUAAGCUUUGGAAAUCCUGUAUUAUAUAUUUUCACUUUAUUUUUGUUUUUUUUUGCCAAAAAGUAACCUGGUCAGCCACUGACUUUAAUUGAUGAUGUGAGUAAGACCUUCCUCAUCGAAAUGUCUGACAUACUGAUCGUAAUAUGUUUUUUUUUUCUGAUAGAAUAAGUGCUGUUGUUUACAGAUUUAUUUCACAGUAAUGACUUGGAGACUGAAGCAUCUAUUGACUCUUUGUCUAAAUGUAUUGGUCCACCUUCUGGGCUUGGAAAUAAAGUGCCUUGUUUGUUGACGUAUAUAUAGACUUUCUGCUUUAGUUUCUCACCGGUGGACGUGCCUCUUCUCUGCAGAGCUCAGUGACGGUUUUGAAGGAAUCUGUUGCUGCAUAAAUUUGUUGGAUAGCAUUUUUUGUUCAUGUUAGAAAGUAGUUCAGGAUUUUGGUUGUAAAAGAGUAACAGAUUUCUUUCACUUGAACAUGGCAGAUUGUUGAUUGUCAUAAAAUAUAAGCAAUCAGCCUUUGACCCACUGCAGAUCUGCCAUGUUGGAUUCAGUUUUUGGACUCUAAUCUGUGCCUACAUGCCAUGCUGGAAGGUUUGAUACCGUGAAUUGAAUAACUGUACUUUUUCAGCUUCUUUUUUUAUUUUUUUUUUCCCCCUACAACGCUAUCCUUUCUCCCUACCACCACAUGAAACCAAUUUCACAAAUCCCUCAUUGUGCCUAUGGGAUAUAUUCUUAUUUUUUGUUAUUUUACUGGAUGUUUAAAUUUGUUGCAUUUCUAUUAGAAGUAUUUUACAUGACUUUGGAUAGCAAGUUGCAACAUUUAGUGUUUCACGUUGAGCAAUAUUUUUCCUUACUUGCUUCAUUGAACCAUCUUCAGUUAUGCUAAUGUGCUAGCUGUACUACAUAUAGAUGGUAAUGUGGAGUUUUGAAUGAAAUACAUGCUAAUAUUACACAGCAGCAAUUUUUCAGAGCUGGGGUCAGUAACGCUUCUUUUUGACUGUUUACCAGUUUACUCAAUUAAUUACAUUUAGUUAGAUGGCACAUCAGCUUAAUGUUAGCUUGCUAGCUUUUUUUUUUAUUUAAUGUAUAUUAUUAGUAUGUUUACUAUCCCAGUUUACAAUCAGGACAUACUUGUUAGCUAUCAUAAAACAGUCACUGUAUUAUGCUGCAUUUGUAUUUUUUAAAAACCAUUUAGGUUUUUGUAUUUGACGUAUUGGUGGCUUAAAAAAAGAUAAAGUUGUCAGUGUUUUGUCAGCUCUGUCAAUAUGCACCAGCACUUUGACCAGGUUUUUUACAGGAAUUUGUACUAUAGACUUGUUUUUUGGUGUGUUGUACAGCCUUGAAUAAUAUUUCUGCUUGUUACAAAAGUGCUUUUUAUCUUUUCUCAGCAGAUAGUGCAGCCGAUUGUUUUCAUGUAGAUACUUGUACUUUUUUGGCUUUCAAAAUAAAAUAAAAAUGAAACUAAA